AUGAAAGAAAAGGAGUUCUUGAAAAUGUUCCAGAUGCCUAUUAUUGAAGUUCCCACAAAUAUGGCAAAUAUUCGUCAUGAUUUACCUAUCCAAGCUUUUGCAAAUGCUCGUGGUAAAUGGGAAUAUGUUCGUGCAGAAGUUAAAAGCAUGUUCAGAGUUGGUCGUCCUGUUUUAGUGGGGACCACUAGUGUCGAGAACUCAGAUUAUCUGUCUGCUUUGCUGAGGGCUAGCAAGAUUCCCCACAAUGUCCUCAAUGCACGACCAAAGGUAGCUAUUCUUUCAUUUGGCCCUAACGUUAAUGUGAAUGGUAUAUGGUUUUGGGUAAAUAACGCAGCUAAAUACGUGGGCAAAAGUGAGAACAAGAGUUGGACAUAUGAGAAGGCAAAAUCUAUAAUUUCAGAGUCAAUUGAAAUGAGCCAGUCAAUGGGUUUAGAUGAACUGCAAAGGCUUGUGGAAGAACAGGCAGAGAUGUACCCUCUUGGUCCUUGCAUUGCAAUUGCCUAUUUAUCGGUUCUAAAGGACUGUGAGAUUCAUUGCUUUCAUGAAGGAUUGGAAGUCAAACGACUUGGUGGUCUCCAUGUCAUUGGGACAUCUUUGCAUGAGUCCCGAAGAAUUGAUAAUCAGCUUCGUGGCAGAGCAGGAAGGCAAGGAGAUCCUGGAUCAACACGCUUCAUGGUCAGGUAAGUUCUGUUAAAUGAUUUUUAUAAAGUUUAAAGUCAAUCCUUUCAUCUGGACAAAAUUCUUCAUGUUAAAUUACGUAAUAGUCCUUGGAGUAGUUGACAUGAACAGUUUUUUUUGUUAGAAUGAUUCCAUAUAUAUGUGCAAGCAAGCACAUGCCUUGUGAAAAAGGGAAAUCUAUUCUAGUCAUUCUCUUUAACAAGGCAACCUUAAAGUUGAUUUUUUAAACCUGAUGUUUAAAACUACAUUGAGUGUGAGAUAGAAGUUUAUGCAGAGAAGGAAAAAGAUAGAAGUUUUUGAGGAUGUUGCUGAUGAAAAAGAUAGAAGUUCUUUAGGAUGCUG